GGUGGCUGCGUUCGGUGGUGCUGUUGAAAAACACGAUGAAAAUGGCGUGGCAACCACAGGAGGAAGGACUCAGGCAAAUCUUGGCGCUUCUGAAGGAGUCCCAGAGCCCGGAUACGGCUACUCAGCGGGCCGUGCAACAAAAAUUGGAGGAGCUGAAUAAAUUUCCGGAUUUCAAUAAUUACCUCAUAUUUGUCUUAACAAAUUUGACUUCAGAAGAUGAGCCCACAAGAUCUCUCAGUGGAUUAAUUCUGAAGAACAAUGUCAAGGCGCACUCCCACAAAUUCCUCCCAGAUGUAACAAACUUUGUUAAACAGGAAUGCUUAUCAGCUGUUGGCGAUCCCUCUCCUCUGAUAAGAGCUACUGUAGGUAUCUUGAUAACAACCAUUGCAUCGAAAGGUGAAUUGACUUCUUGGCCAGAACUAUUGCCAACUUUGUGCCAGAUGUUGGAUUCGCAAGACUACAAUGUUUGCGAGGGAGCCUUUGGUGCUUUGCAGAAAAUUUGUGAAGACUCCUCAGAGAUUCUCGACUCUGACGCUUUGAAUCGUCCAUUGAACGUUCUUAUUCCCAAGUUCCUCCAGUUUUUCAGGCACUCUAGCCCAAAGAUUAGAUCACAUGCAAUUGCAUGUGUCAAUCAGUUCAUUGUUAGCCGUACACAGCCAUUGAUGGUACAUAUCGAUAGUUUUUUGGAGAAUCUCUUCCACUUGGCAACCGAUGACGAUCCUGAAGUGAGGAAAAAUGUUUGCAGAGCUUUGGUUAUGUUGCUGGAAGUACGAAUCGAUAGAUUAAUUCCUCACAUGCAUAGUAUUAUCGAAUACAUGCUGAUGCGAACUCAGGAUCCUGAUGAAGGUGUUGCACUUGAAGCUUGCGAAUUUUGGCUAUCUCUAGCAGAACAAGCAAUUUGUAAAGAAGCACUUGCACCGCAUCUAACUCGAUUAGUUCCCAUUUUGGUGAGAGGCAUGAAAUACUCAGAGAUUGAUAUAAUACUUCUGAAAGGCGAUGUCGAGGAGGAUGAAAUGAUCCCCGAUAGAGAGGAGGAUAUUAGACCCAGGUUUCAUAAAUCAAGGACUCAUCACAGUCAUCAUGGUAUGAAUAAACAUACAGAUGAAAAUGGUGGUUGUGGAGAUGAUGAAGAUUCUGAUGCAGAAGACGGCGGUGACGAUGAUUCUACUCUAAGUGACUGGAAUUUGAGGAAAUGCUCAGCUGCAGCUCUGGACAUGUUGGCUGGUGUCUUUAGAGAAGAGCUUUUACCUGUUUUAGUACCAAUAUUAAAAGAGACCCUCUUUCACCAAGAUUGGGAAAUCAAGGAAUCUGGUAUUCUCGCUCUGGGUGCUAUUGCAGAAGGUUGUAUGACGGGGAUGAUUCCACACUUGUCAGAACUUAUUCCUUAUCUGAUAAGUUGCUUGAGUGACAAGAAAGCAUUAGUGCGCGCCAUAACUUGUUGGACGUUGAGCAGAUAUGCCCAUUGGGUAUGCUCACAGCCACAUGACACACAUUUGAAACCUUUAAUGACGGAAUUACUGAAAAGAGUUCUCGAUGGCAAUAAACGUGUACAGGAAGCCGCAUGUUCGUCGUUUGCUACUUUGGAAGAGGAAGCAUGUACGGAGUUGGUGCCGUACCUUGGAUUUAUUCUUGAGACGUUGGUCUUCGCGUUUGGCAAGUAUCAACACAAAAAUCUCUUGAUUCUGUAUGACGCUAUUGGAACGCUCGCAGAUUCAGUGGGUCAUCAUCUGAAUAAACCAGAUUAUAUUAAUCUUCUCAUGCCACCUUUAAUUACCAAAUGGAACGUGUUAAAAGACGAAGACAAGGAUCUCUUUCCACUGUUGGAAUGUCUUUCGUCUGUUGCGACUGCUUUGCAAUCUGGAUUUCUACCUUACUGUGAACCCGUCUACAGGCGUUGCGUGUCUCUUGUAGAGCAGACCUUAAAUCAACAUAUUGCCAAUACGCAGAGUCCAGAACAAUUUGAAGCUCCAGACAAAGAUUUCAUGAUUGUCGCUCUGGACCUUCUUAGCGGUUUAGCAGAAGGACUCGAUGGCCACAUGGAACGUUUAGUUGUUAAUAGCAAUGUGAUGCAGUUGUUGUAUCAGUGUAUGCAGGAUCCGAUGCCAGAAGUCAGGCAAAGUAGUUUUGCUCUCCUUGGAGACCUCACGAAGGCUUGCUUUCAACAUGUUCUACCUUGUACGCCGGACUUUAUGCCGAUACUGGGGCAGAACUUGAAUCCAGAGUUUAUAUCCGUAUGCAACAACGCCACCUGGGCAAUAGGAGAAAUAGCAAUUAAACUUGGUCCCGAUACGAGCGCCUACAUUCCCUUGAUCUUGACUCAGCUGAUCGACAUAAUCAAUCGGCCGAACACGCCCAAAACUCUCCUGGAAAACACCGCCAUUACGAUCGGUCGCCUAGGUUUUGUGUGUCCCCACGACGUCGCCCCCAUGUUACAGCAGUUUGUCCGACAGUGGUGCACCUCCCUGAGGAACAUUCGCGACAACGAGGAGAAAGACUCUGCGUUCCGGGGAAUGUGUCAGAUGAUAACCGUCAAUCCGGGCGGCGUAGUACCGGACUUCAUUUUCUUCUGCGACGCCGUGGCGUCGUGGACAACGCCACGCGAGGAUCUCAAAGACAUGUUUCAAAAGAUAUUGCACGGAUUCAAAAACCAAGUCGGCACUGAAAACUGGAAACGGUUCUCCGAUCAAUUCCCGGCGCCGCUCAAUGAGAGGCUGCAGAGCAUGUACGGCGUCUGAGCGGCCCCGCCUACUUAUGACGGCCGCUUCCGGGGAAUGGCCGAACGGGGUUGGGCGGGGAAGAAUAAUAAGGGUGGACAGGGUGGGUGGGUGAAACCACGGCCUCUUCCGAUCAAGACCGUCACCGUCGCCGCAGCCGCCGUCGCAGCCGUCGGCGUCGUCGCGCUAGCCUCGCGGUCGUUGUCGACCGACCGCCGGGGGCCUCGGGGGAUCUGAUGGCCGCACAGUCGUCGUCGUCGUCGCCGACACCGUCGGCACCGUCGCCGUCAGCCCGCACCGCCGCGCGGAGACAACGGGAGGCUGGCUGGAGGAAACUCCUGCCCGUGUAACCAGGAAAGGCAACGUCAUCGGAGAGACACAUUCUGGCCGAUGGAGAGGAA